UGCCGGGGCGCCGGGGGCGGCGGGGUGGCGCGGCGGGCACCGGGCGCGGGCACAGCUGCGGGCACCAGCCACGCCGGUGUCGCCGCCGCUGCCGCCGCCACCGCCGGGCGGAUCCCGCGCUUCUGCCGGAGCUUCUUUCGGUCGCUUUACUUUGGCGGCCCGGAGCAGGGACAUUAUGCCGAAGAGAAAGUCUCCAGAGGGUGCUGAAGGCAAGGAUGCAGCAAAAGUAACUAAACAAGAGCCCACAAGACGAUCAGCAAGACUGUCAGCAAAACCUGCUCCACCAAAACCUGAACCCAAACCAAGGAAAACAACGAAGAAGGAACCUGGAACAAAGGCCAGCAAAGGUGCUAAAGGGAAGAAGGAUGAAAAGCAAGAAGCUGCAAAGGAAGGUACUACACCAUCUGAAAAUGGUGAAAAUAAAGCUGAAGAGGCUCAGAAAACUGAAUCUGUAGGUGACAAGAAUGAAUGAAAUACCAUGAAAAUUUUGGGUUGAUUUUAUGUACCUCUUGGACAACUUUUAAAAGAUAUUUUUAUCAAGUAUUUUGUAAAUGCUAAUUUUUUUAGGACUAUGAUAGUUGACAUAUUAAACUGUAUAUGAACAUUUCUCAUAACAGUGCUUUUAGAAAUUCCCAUUGUUGCCAAGUAAUAUAAAUAUCAACUUAAUAUUGCAAGGUAUGUGUAAAAUUGGAUCAGCAUUCCAUACACUUGCUUUAAGAAAUUAUGUCUUGUGCAUAUGGUGAUGUUUUUACUGUGUGUAUUGGAAUUUUUCAUGCAGUUUUUCUAGAGCAAUAAUCAGUGGUGCUUUUGUACUUAGGUUUUAUGUGAUUUUAAUGAAACAUGGAUAGAUGUGGCCACCUGCUGACUAUUUUGGGUUCUUUUAAUGGAUUAAAAUAAAAGGUCUCCUUGCCCGCAAAA